UAAAAAUAUAAAAAAUAUUUUAAUCAUUUCUAAAAGUGAUAACUUAUCUAUGAUGUCACAUUGUCAUUGAAAAAUGAUGAAAAUUUUUUAAAAUUACAUAUUUGAUUGUUUUGCAUUCAUUUGAAACGUGUUAGAAUAUAUACAUAUAUAGUGAAUGAGUGAGUUUAAUUAAUAUUAUUAGUUUUACAUUAAUUAUUUUUCUGGAAUCUAUGAUUUAUUGUAUUCACUACUAAUAUAAAUAUAUUAAAAACUGUUUUAUAAUUGUUUAUGUAGUAUCAUUUCUAUUUAAAUGUAUAUUAUCAAUAUAUAUAAUGUAAUCUAUGAUAUUUAAUUGUUUUUAUAAAUAAAUUAUAUUACUUUAUCUAUAUUUAAGAUGUUUAAUUGUAUGUUUGGAAACAUAUAUUAGAUUAGGUAAUUGUAGGGUUAGUUUCCUUUUAAAACUUUAAUUAAAUAAAUAAAAAAACUAAAAACCAUCAAUCAAUAAAAUUAUAACAAUUAAUUGAAAAUCUCUCAUAUGAGCGACACAUCAACAUAAAUCACUUUAGUGACUUCUCAAUUAGUAUAUAGGAGGAUUUUUUUUAAAAAACAAUUCCUAAUUACAUUAAAACACCUUCUUAAGAGCCUGCAUUAAUCAUGGUCUUAGGACAUUGUUAUAAUCUGUAUUUAUGAUGUUGUUUGAGUCUUUGACCCAUGAUCUUUUAAUCAAUCAUAAAUCAGUUUAAAAGACCCUGAUUGUAAAAGAUAAGUGAACAAAUUGUUACAUUGUUAAUGUCCUGUCGACGAACUACAAUAAAAACUUUAUAAAUUAAUAUUCGAUAAAUUAUAAAUAAUAUAAAUUAAUAUUUUUUUCCUUUUUCCGAGUUGGCGGUUCAAAAUAUAACACAAAUUGAUAAAACAAUAAGAUAAUAUUUUUUUAGAAAAUCAUAUAUAACUAUAUGGUCCCAUUAAAAUUAUAAAUUAACAAUCUAUCUAUAUAUAAAUUUUAUGUAAUUACAAACUAAACAUUACAUUGUUGGUUUUAUAUUCAUAACAAAAUUAGCUCUACUUUUCUUAAAAUAUCAAUAUAUUUUGAUAAUAUUUAGUAAAAUUAUAUCUAAAACCACAUUUGAAUUCUAUAAAACAUAAAAAUAUACAUUAAUAAUAUUAUAAAAAGUAUGAAAGUCUAAUUUCUAAAAUUUAAUUCAUGUAUAUACUGUAAAAUCAAAUAUUUUUUAUUUUAUAAAUAAAAAUAGUAAAAUAUCUAAAAAAAUGAACGUUUUUGUAAAUUAAUAACUCUAUAAACUAAUAAAUAACAUAGUUUCAACAUUAUUAACUGAUAGAUUUUUACUGCAUUAGCAGAAUUAUAGCUUAUUGUUAUUGUGUGGUCAAAUAGAGUCGAUAAUUGUGAUUUGAAUUCUAAUUAGGCGUGAUUGAUGAGUAGAUUUGUAAUAAACGGCAAAACAUAAAACCUACUGAUAUUGUUUUUUGGUCAAAGAAGAUAUUCUUUUAAUCAUCACUCUCCAUUUAUGGAGAAUUUGUGUACAUCAAUAGACAAUGAUCUGGAUGAGAAAUAAAUGAGAAGAUUUCAUUACUUUUUCUGUUAUGUUGAUAUUGAUCUAUUCAAACUAUUUACAGGGUUAUGCAAUUUAUAAAUACAUCAUUUUCAUGGUUAACUAAUGGACAUUAAACUAAAUCUCAGAAAUAUAAAAAAUUUGUUUGGUAAGAAACUGAGUAGUAGAAAGAGUAUUACAUGGGUUCUUUCAAAUUGAUGACUACUUUCGCUCUUGUUGCUAUGGCGGCCAUUUCAUGUGAUCUUUUCAAUGUUGAAACGGGGAUCUUUGUGCAAGCUGCGGCUCCGAUGUGUGGACGAGUUUGUUCUGAAAAAUUUGAAGAUGGAAAAUGCGAUAAAUAUUGUGUAGGAUUGUCUUAUAAAAACGGUUUUUGCUUUCAAUCCGAUCCUAAAAUUUCUACAUAUCGCUGUUGUUGUUCAUCAGACUAAAUGUGUAAUAUGUCCUCUCUCAUCAAAUAUGUUGUGUCCACAUAUUUAAUAUGUCUUUAACUAUGGUGUUCUCUUUUUCGGUGAAAAGAUCAAAUAAGUGUGAACUUCCGUUAAUGUCAUUUGCGUAUUAAAUAAUGAUUUUGCUUUUAAAA